UCAAAAGCGCGAAUGUUGUAUUUUGUAUUUCCUUCAAAAGACAAAAAAUGUUUAAAAUUUAAUUUGUAUAUUUUAUCCUAAAAAAACCUUACAAAAAAAAAAAACAUUAAAACAAAAUUUCAAUUCUAAUAAAUUUUUUUUUUUUAAUAUAUUUCAAUAAUUUGUUUUACAAAUAAUCAUGUCUUUCUCAUUUGGAACCAAUGCACCCGGACUUGGAGCAACAAGCACGCCGGCAAAACCUACUACGGGCUUGGGAAGCUUUUCGUUUGGCGGGGCGACAGCAAAUCCAGCCCCGGCAUUUGGUCAAACUGCUCCGACACAAGCAGCACCUGCAUUUGGUGCUACUUCUACUUUUGGAAACACUGGAUUUGGUGCCACAACGUCUGCACCAACUUUAGGUGGAUUCGGAGCAUUUGGUAGUAAUACAACUACAACAGCUGCUCCAACUUUAGGUGGCUUUGGAGCUUUUGGAACGAAUACAGCAACUUCGUCGGCACCCAGCAUGUUUGGAAAUACUUCAACGGGAUUCGGAGGUUUUGGAGCAACUUCAACAACAUCAACAGCACCUACUUUUGGAGGAUUUGGAACAACAGCUCAAACUUCAACAGGAUUUGGUGGUUUUGGUGCUUCAACUACUACUACUUCAGCACCUGGUUUUGGUGGUUUUGGAACUACGGCACCUCAACAAACAUCAUUUGGAGGAUUCGGAUCAUUUGGAUCAAGUUUUGCAAAACCAGCUACAAGUGCUGCACCAGCUUUUGGUGGAUUUGGUAAUACUUUUCAAUUGGGACAAACACAACAACAACAACAACAGCAGCAGCAACAACAACAACAAAUGCAACAACAACAAAUCAGUCCGGAUGAGGCAUUUGCUCAGUCAAUCUUUAAUGUUUCAAUUUAUGGCGAUGAGAGGGAUACAAUUAUAGCGAAGUGGAACUAUUUGCAGGCUAUGUGGGGCGUUGGUAAAUCAUUUUACUCACAAACUGCCGCUCCAGUGGAAAUAACUCCCCAAAACUAUCUCUGUCGAUUCAAAUCAAUGGGCUAUAGUCGCUUGCCUGGAAAAGACAACAAAAUGGGUUUGGUUGCUUUGAACUUCAACAAACCAUUAUCCGACAUCAAUGCUCAAAAACAACAAAUAAUAGCAAACCUUAAUCAGAUAUUCGGUAAUAAACCAAAUUUACUAAUUAACAUCGAAUCUAUGAAAGAACAAGAUGAUAAAAAAUCCCAAAUUGUAAUUUACAUUGAGGAGAAAUCUCAAAUGGCUCCAAAUGAAACGAAAAGAGUACUCGCCACAGAUGCAUCGAAUUAUCUCAAUCAACCUAAUGUCAAACCACAAUUGGCAAAUUUAGGAAUUGAAGAUGUUUUAGCUUUAGUUCUUCCCGAUGAAGAUCAAUUGAAAGAAUAUUUAGAAAAUCCACCAAAAGGAAUUGAUCCUAGAAUGUGGCGACAAGCUAAACUAGAUAAUCCUGAUCCGAAAAAAUUCAUUCCAGUACCAAUGAUUGGAUUCCAUGAUCUUAAAUGGCGCAUCAAAUGUCAAGAAAAUGAAACAGAAACUCAUGCAUUGUAUUUGAAUAAGGUGGAAAGAGAUUUGGCUGAGUUGAAACAACGUCAUGCUAGUACAACUGCGAAAAUAAUGGAACACAAAAGGAAACUGGCAGAACUUAGUCAUAAGAUUUUAAAGAUUGUUGUCAAACAGGAAUGCACGAGAAAAGUUGGACUGGCUUUAUCUCCCGAAGAGGAGGCGUUACGAAGCAAGCUGGAAAAUAUGCAGGCAUUGGUUUCAGCACCAACACAAUUUAAGGGUCGCCUAAGUGAACUUCUGUCACAGAUGAGAAUGCAAAGGAAUCAAUAUGCCCUAACCGGAGGCAGCGAAUACACGAUAGACAAAGACUGUGAAGCUGAAAUGAAAUCGUUUUUGGGAAUGCAACAGAAAGCAAUGGAAGUUUUAACGGAAACUGUAAAUAAGGACCUUAAAGCUUUACAGAUAAUAAUCGAUGGAAUGCCCGAACUAGUGAGGGGUUGAAAAUGUUAAAUUUUAAAUUCAUUGCAAAUCUAAUAAAAAAAUCGUUAAAAGGAAUAAUAGAUAAUAAAAAAAGAAAACAAAGUUUUUGUAAAUUCA